AUGCUGUUAACAGCAGUAACAUGGGAUGAAUGUUGUGGAGAUGGACACCUAGACACUGCCUGGUCCAACUAUACUGACCCCAUGAACAAAAUAGGCCUGCUGGGAUUUCUCGGACUGGUCAACUGUAAGCCCUGCAGAGACAGCUGUGAUGGGGUCCAGUGCCCCACUGGAAAGACAUGUAUUCUGAAAGAUGGGCGUCCUCAGUGUGAAUGCGCCCCUGACUGUUCAGGACUCAACAGUGAUAUUCCUGUAUGUGGCUCUGAUGGGAACACUUACCAGGAUGAAUGUGAACUUAUCACGCACAAAUGCCGUGGACAGCCAGACCUGGAGGUCAUGUACUAUGGAAAAUGCAAAAGUAUGUAA